AUGAUCACUCCCUCAGUGCCGUGUCGCUCUUUCUCACAUAGGCAGAGAAGGGAAGACAGGGUUGGCCACGUGUUGCUCUUACACUGGAUGAAGAAUCUGUUCUGGCUUUCCCCGACGUCCGAAUUGCGGGCGAUAGGCGUGCUCGUGGCCGGCCACUCGCUGCAGCUUAGAGCGCGGCAGGGGGCAGACGCGUCGCUCGGCGACGGAUUUUUGCAGUCGAUAGUGUUAGACGAUGUCGCCCAGCGACUGUCACCAUCGCACAUCCUAGAGAGCGACGACGGCACGCUGAGAGUGCACCACGUGGGGGUCACCGAAUCAAACGGCGUGGAAACCGAGACUCUCAGAAUUCAGUCCGGUGGCCGGCAAGGGGCGGACUUCCUUGUCCAUAUUAGGCCAGAGGCGGUCGACCGGCAAUCACCAGUGGACGCGUUUGUGCAUUUCUCGGUGGAGGUGUUAUCUGGGGGAGGGUUGACCGACCCGCACGGCGUGAUGGGGCAAACGUUCCGGAGUUCCCAGAAGGAGCGAUCCUUCGCGGUAAGCCUGCAAUGGAGCCGCGACGCGCAGGCUUGGGAGGUGGCAGGAGAUAACGGCGACGGCUAUCUUGACGGCUCCGUCGACAGCUACCGAUCGUCCAGCCUCGUCGCCGCGGAUUGCGCGUUCUCGCGGUUCAAGGCGGCGGAAGGAGUCGCCGGCGCGCGGAGAGAGGAGAGUGACGGGUCGUGGGCGGUGGCGGAGAUGAUGGGGGAGGGGGAGGAGGCGGAAGGGGCAGGGGAUGUAGGUCCGGGGAUCGCGAGUGCGGUGGGGCGCAGGCUGCUGGGCGAGAGAAGACUACGCGAGUGA